AUUGCCUGGCAAUACCGAGACAUCAUUAUCUUCAGCACUUUUUGCUUCAAAUAUGGUGAGGUUGAGUGUAGCCGGGAGGUCUGCUAGGGUUGCUGGACUGAUUCGUGAUGAAUCAGGAAGGUGGAUUGUUGGUUACAAUCUUAACUUGGUAGUCUGCAAUUCCUUAGCAGUGGAUUUGUGCGCACUAUAUCAGGGAAUCAAGUUUACUUGGGAUAGAGGGUAUAAAAAAGUUCGGGUUGAGUCCGACUCUGAUGCUGCAGUGAGAAGUUUAAAGAAAGCCCCAUCUCAUCAGAAUCCUAACCGAGCCCUCAUCGAAAGCUGCCGUGUACUUAUCAAAGGUGAGUGGGAUUGCAAAGUGUACAACAUCAGAAGGGAAGUGAAUCUGUGCGCGGAAUGGUUAGCUACUCAUGCCGACGGCUGUCAACUCGGAUUGUCCGUCAUUAAUUUACCACCGUUGGAGCUAAUUCCACAUUUGGAAGAUGAUUUUAAACGUGUUGGUCAGAUUUGUUGAUUCUCCAUCUGCUAGUUUGCUUAAACCACAGGAGAAUAUACUGGCUCAGGUAUAGGUCU